CCCAAACGGCCCGGUCCCACUCCUCUCUUUCUCUCUGGAAACUGGAAAUUGAAGAAAUAAAGAACCCUAGUCCCGCAGCCUCAGCCACCGCAGCCUUGCAGAAAGCAGCCACCAUCGUCCAUCGCACUCCAGCCGAACCCUUCUCCUCGCUGUCGUCGCUUGUUGCGGGUUCUUCUCAUCGUUCCUCUUCUCUCGGCGUCAAGGUCGAGCUCAAAGCCUCAAAUUCACCGCCGAAACCCGAAACCCCCCUCCUCGCCGUCGUACAAAAGUCGCGCUGUGGCGUCGCCGUCGCGAAGGCUUGCCGGUCGUCGUCUCUUCGUGCUCUCUCUCUGCUGAAUGCUUUACAUCUAUAGCACAUUUAUCUUACCGGUUCAUUGACCGGUUUGGUUCUCGCAACCUUCCUGUGUGUGCAUUCCUAGCUGCAAAGUAAGGAAACAGGGUGGUAAAUUUAAGAAGCCCUAGGUAGGCAGGUAGCAGGUGAUUUCAGAAACGACGCAAUGGGGAAGAAGCAGCAUAGCAAGGAUAGGAUGUUCAUCACCAAAACGGAGUGGGCCACCGAAUGGGGUGGUGCCAAAUCCAAAGAGAAUCGCACCCCCUUCAAACGCCUUCCUUUCUAUUGCUGCGCGCUUACGUUUACUCCGUUUGAAUAUCCGGUGUGCACAGCUGAUGGGAGUGUUUUCGAUGUUAUGAACAUCACCCCGUAUAUUGUUAAAUAUGGGAAACACCCCGUCACUGGAGCUCCACUCAAGCAGGAAGAUCUCAUUCCACUAACUUUCCACAAGAAUUCUGAAGGAGAAUAUCAAUGUCCUGUGCUAAACAAAGUUUUCACUGAAUUUACACAUAUUGUCGCCGUGAAGACUACAGGAAAUGUGUUUUGCUAUGAGGCUGUCAAAGAAUUAAACAUCAAAACGAAAAACUGGAAAGAGCUGCUCACUGAUGAGCCAUUCACGAAGGAUGAUCUUAUAACUAUUCAGAAUCCUAAUGCACUUGACAAGAAGGUUCUGCUGGAUUUUGAUCAUGUCAAAAAUAGUUUGAAAAUUGACGACGAAGAAAUACAGAAAAUGAGAUCAGAUCCAACCUAUAACAUAAAUGUGUCGGGAGAUAUCAAGCAAAUGCUUCUAGAGCUUGGAACUGAGAAAGGAAAGGAAACUGCAAUGCAUGGGGGAGGUGGUGGCAAGGCACAACAAGAAAGAGCUGCUGCACUUGCUGCCAUCUUAGCUGCAAGAUCCCGUGUUAAAGAAGAUUCCAAAUCAGAUCAAAAUGGAGAGACUAAAGCUCCUCAGGCUUUUAGUAUUGUAGAUGCUGCAUCUGCUGCUGUACAUGGAAGAAGUGCAGCUGCUGCUAAAGCCUCUUCUAGUGAUAAAACAGCUGCUAGAAUAGCUAUGCACAUGGCUGGUGAUAGGGAAGCAGUGAAUGCAAAGCUGGUGAAAAGCCGUUACACUACUGGAGCUGCUUCCCGGUCAUUCACUUCAACAUCAUUUGAUCCGGUUACCAAAAAUGACUUUGAAUAUGUGAAAGUUGAGAAGAAUCCAAAGAAGAAAGGAUAUGUACAACUGCAUACAACACACGGUGAUUUGAACAUUGAGCUGCACUGUGAUAUAACACCAAGGACAUGCGAGAACUUUAUCACUCUUUGUGAACGUGGAUAUUACAAUGGAGUUGCUUUUCAUCGAAACAUUCGGAAUUUUAUGAUACAAGGCGGUGAUCCUACUGGUACUGGAAAAGGUGGUGAAUCAAUAUGGGGACAGCCUUUUAAAGACGAGCUUAACUCUAAAUUAGUUCAUUCUGGAAGAGGUGUGGUUAGCAUGGCAAAUAGUGGUCCACACACGAAUGGUUCCCAGUUUUUCAUCUUGUACAAGUCCGCAAAACAUUUAAACUUUAAACACACAGUAUUUGGAGCAGUAGUUGGUGGCUUGACUACAUUAGCAGCAAUGGAAAAGGUUCCCGUUGAUGAUAAUGAUCGGCCCCUGGAAGAAAUCAAGAUAACAAGUGUCACAAUUUUUGUGAAUCCUUAUACAGAACCAGAUGAGGAAGAUGAGCAGGAUAAAGAAAAAGAGAAGAUCGAGGAUGAAGAUAAUAGUAAGGUGGGAUCAUGGUAUAGCAAUCCUGGAGCUGGAACAUUAGAAUCUGGAGGUACGGUUGGUGGUGGUGUUGGCAAGUACUUGAAAGCCAGAACUGCUCAACAGCCUGAGUCAACAACCAGUACAGCCGUUGUAGGCAAGAAAAGAAAAGCUGGAGCUGCCACUGGUGAAUUUAAAGAUUUUUCUGCAUGGUAACAAUCCAAAGCUUGUACCAUUUGUAAAGAAUAAAGAAACUGGUAUCAUUUAUUAUAGCAAUAAUCUUUGCAUAUGGGAAAAUUGACACGAGAGUGAGAGAAAAAUAUUAAUUGCAUCCCAAUUGAGGAUUUGUACAAUAACAAUAGGUGUAUCAGUUACAAGAAUAGAAUCAUUUUGUCCA